GCAUUUAAGUGUAGUGAAAUUAACUAAAAUACUUAAACAUACAAGUAAUACGAUAAUUGUUCAUCAAAGUGCUUCGGAUAAUAGUUUUCAAGACAUGCAUCGUGCAAGAACAGCUUUCAAUGCCUUUGCGCCAAAAGGACAACAAAACUUCGGGUCGUGGUUAAUUCGACAUCAAAAAUCACAGUUCAACAAUGAUUUUUUGGCUGCAGCAGGCAUCAAAAGUUAUAACUCGGCAGGUGCCGAACCUUUCUUAAAUGGAUCAAGUUCAGCUUAUGUCGAAGAGAUGUACAAUUCAUGGCUUCGUGAUCCAACAACAGUUCAUGCUUCUUGGGAUGCUUAUUUCCGUAACAAUUCUUAUUCAGCACCUCCAUCACUUGCGGCACCACCACGAAAUCAUAUUCCUGUAUCGCAAUAUGUCGGCGGAUCAUCAUUGCCAGCCAUUGGUGGUGCAGGACCAGCACUCACUGGAAGUCGUGUUGAUGAUAAAUUGAUUGAUGAUCAUUUGGCUGUGCAAGCUAUUAUCAGAAGUUAUCAGUCGCGCGGUCACUUGAUGGCUGCUAUCGAUCCGCUUGGUAUCUUAAAUUCUGAGACCCAAGUCGGUCCCGAUGGGGUUGCACGACGAGCAAAUGAAAAAGUAACGCGCAACUACAUGCAAUUCGAGGAACAUGACAUGGAUCGAAUGUUCAAACUUCCCAGCACAACAUUCAUCGGUGGAAAAGAAAAAUUCCUUCCUCUUCGUGAGAUUCUUAAUCGUUUGGAAAAUGCUUAUUGCAACAAAAUUGGAGUUGAAUUUAUGUUCAUUAAUUCAUUGGAACAAUGUAAUUGGAUUCGUGAACGUUUUGAAUCUCCCAAUGCCAUUAACUAUUCAAAUGAUGAGAAGCGUUUGAUCUUAGCUCGUUUGACACGUGCUACUGGAUUCGAAGCUUUCUUAGCAAAGAAAUUCUCAUCUGAAAAGCGUUUUGGUUUGGAAGGCUGUGAGAUUAUGAUUCCAGCUAUGAAAGAAGUUAUUGACACAUCAACUCGUCUUGGUGUUGAAUCAAUCAUCAUGGGAAUGCCACAUCGUGGUCGUUUGAAUGUUCUUGCAAACGUUUGUCGUAAGCCACUUCAUCAAAUCUUUACACAAUUCGCUGGUUUGGAAGCCGCUGAUGAUGGCUCUGGUGAUGUUAAAUACCAUCUUGGAACAUACAUUGAACGUUUGAAUCGUGUAACAAACAAAAAUAUUCGUCUUGCUGUUGUUGCAAAUCCAUCUCAUUUGGAAGCUUGUGAUCCAGUUGUGCAAGGAAAGACAAGAGCUGAACAAUUCUACCGUGGUGAUGGUGAAGGAAAGAAAGUCAUGUCAAUCAUGUUGCAUGGUGAUGCUGCUUUCUGUGGACAAGGUGUUGUCUUUGAGACAAUGCAUUUGUCAGAUUUACCCGACUACACAACACAUGGAACAAUCCACAUUGUCGUUAACAAUCAAAUUGGAUUCACAACUGAUCCACGUCAUUCACGCUCAUCACCUUAUUGUACAGACGUUGCUCGUGUCGUGAAUGCUCCAAUUUUCCACGUCAACUCAGAUGAUCCCGAAUCAGUGAUGCAUGUGUGUCGUGUUGCUGCUGAAUGGCGUGCAACUUUCCAUAAAGAUGUGAUCAUUGAUAUCGUCAGUUACCGUCGUAAUGGUCACAACGAAAUUGAUGAACCAAUGUUCACACAACCGCUGAUGUACAAACGUGUUCGUCAAACAAAGCCCGUCUUGGACAUUUACUCAAAUCAAUUGAUUGAAGAGAAAGUUGUCACUGCUGAAGAAGUGAAGUCAGUUCGUGAUAAAUAUGAAAAGAUUUGCGAAGAUGCAAUGGAACAAGCAAAGACCGAAACCCACAUUAAAUACAAAGAUUGGUUGGAUUCACCUUGGUCAGGUUUCUUUGAAGGAAAAGAUCCAUUGAAAGUGUCACCAACUGGUGUCAUUGAAGAGACUUUAAUUCACAUCGGCAAUAGAUUCUCACAACCUCCACCAAAUGCAGCUGAAUUUAUCAUUCACAAAGGGUUGUUGCGUGUGUUGGCUGCUCGUAAAGACAUGGUUGACAAUAGAAUUGCUGACUGGGCUUUGGCUGAAGCUUUCGCCUUUGGAUCGUUAAUGAAAGAAGGAAUUCAUGUGAGAUUAUCAGGUCAAGAUGUUGAACGUGGAACAUUCUCGCAUCGCCAUCAUGUGUUGCACCAUCAAGAAGUCGAUAAAGCAACUUAUCGUCCACUUUGUCAUUUAUAUCCCGAUCAAGCUCCUUAUACAGUUUGCAAUAGUUCAUUGUCGGAAUAUGGCGUGCUUGGAUUCGAAUUGGGAUAUUCGAUGACAAAUCCAAAUGCUCUUGUUUGUUGGGAAGCACAAUUUGGUGACUUUAACAACACAGCUCAGUGCAUUAUUGAUCAGUUUGUCAGCUCAGGUCAAGCUAAAUGGGUUCGUCAGAGUGGAUUGGUGAUGUUACUUCCCCAUGGCAUGGAAGGAAUGGGACCAGAACAUUCUUCAGCUCGUUUAGAACGCUUCUUACAAAUGUCAUCAGAUGACCCCGAUUAUUUCCCACCAGAAAGUGAUGAAUUUGCUAUCAGACAACUUCACGACAUUAAUUGGAUUGUCGCUAAUUGUUCAACACCAGCUAACUAUUAUCACAUCCUUCGUCGUCAAAUUGCCAUGCCAUUCAGAAAGCCAUUGGUUUUGAUGACACCAAAGAGUUUAUUGAGACAUCCCGAAGCUAAGAGCAAAUUUGGUGAGAUGACUGAAGGCACAGAAUUUAAACGCAUCAUUUCCGAUAGCGGAAAAGCUUCUGAAAAUCCAAGCAGCGUUAAGAGAAUUAUUUUCUGUUCUGGAAGAGUUUAUUACGAUCUUAUCAAAGCUCGUCGUGAGAAAGGUCUUGAAGCUGAAAUUGCCAUUUCAACUGUUGAACAAAUUUCACCUUUCCCUUAUGAUUUGGUGAAAGCUGAAUGUGCUAAAUAUCCAAAUGCUGAGAUUGUUUGGGCUCAAGAAGAACAUAAAAAUCAAGGUGCUUGGAAUUACAUCUUGCCACGUUUCGAAACAAGCUUGAACAGCACACGGGAUAUUAAGCCCCAUGGCCCUAAGGAGAGCUUGAGCACCCGUAAGUCGAGUGCUGAACGUCAAACCAACUUCAAUGCUCCAACCGAAGAGGAGAAGGAAGCUAGCAAGUUAAUUAAAAUGUCACGUCCAACUUCGAUUCGUACGAUUAGCUAUGUUGGUCGUGUAACAGCAGCUUCAACAGCCACUGGCUCGAAAGCUCAGCACACUAAAGAACUGAAUGCUCUUUUGAACGAUGCCACAUCUAUCUAAAUUAUCUCAGCUCUUUUUAAUCCGGCGUUCGAGUUUGUGUGGGCGGGCAGCAAACAAAAUUUGGAUUUGUCACACAUUUACCCUCAGCGAUGAAUCAUCAACGAUUUUCUUUUUCUUCAUCUUUUUCGACAGAUCUUCCUUCAACGAUGAAGCGAAUUGAAGAAGAUUCUUAAAAGAGUUAUUUAAUUUAAUUAUUUAUUUUAUUCUUUAAGUUAAGGCUAUUAUUACUUAGGAUAACUUUCUUCUCUGCGACUUCUUAAACUCUUUGUAUGUUUGUUUGUUCAUCUUGACGUCUUUGAAAGCAAACAGAGAAGAAAUGAAAAACUUUUUGUUUGAUUCGAAAGCAAAACAAGACGAAAUAACAUCAUAAAGAAUAAAGUAUCGAAAUUUCCCUUAGAUUAUAGAAUAAAAUUCCUGCAAGUGAAAGCAGUUAUGAAACAAGGUUUUGUUGAAUUGAUGACAGGCAUCAUCUUAUUCAUUUGUUUAUUGUUUUGCGUUUGAUUUAAUCUUUAGAUGAAUUUCUUAGAAUUAAAUAAACAAAAACUUGAUAGCAUCAAAUGUCGACAAAGAUUUUGUUUGCAAAGAUAGAUUAGGUGCUAAUCAGAAACCAUAAACAGGAAAAACUUAAGAAAUGCUUGUCAUGUUACUUCUUUAUUUAAAUCGAUAAACGAAAAUAAAGAUUAAAAAUAAACAAGAAAAAUUAUAUUUUAAUCCAGGAAAUGAAUUGAAAUUUUUCAUUUAUUUUCGCACGAUACGACUUUUGUCGCAAAAAUAGGAAAAUGAUGUGAAAAUCUAUUUAAGUUUCAAGGAAAAUAAAAGCAUAAAAGUUUUAAAUAUUUUUUUGACGAUUACAAAUAACAAAAAUGAUCAACAAAAGAAAAUUCUUCUCAGUGAAAUGUCUUUGAAACUUUUAACAUUUUAAAUUUAACACGAGUUGAAGUCUCACCUUCUACAUAAUAAACACAAAAGUUAUUAUUAAUACAUGAAAAGAAUAUUUGUUGCUGUUGAUAGACUUGCACCAAAAUUUGCUGUAAAAAGAAUCUUUUGAAAAUAAAGAAAUGAAGAAGAGAGAAAAACUUUUUUUAAUAUUUUCUUUCAUUUUUCCAGUUUAGUUUCAAGACCAC